CAGUUGCAGGAAAGCUUCAAUGCUGCUGCAGAUUCCAGGAAAAAAAAAAAAAACCAAAACGAACCACCACCCUGCAUUCGUAAAGCAAAAAUACUUGGAGAGGGGGACUUGUACCACUGUCCUUGGAGUAUCUAUGUUUAGUCAAACAAAGCCUAUUUGUGAUACAGGAAAGGGAUAAGGCAUGCUUAGAAAGUUCAGUAGUCAUUAAUUUAAUCACAAUAGGUAAUAAAAUAAGCAGACUCAAUAAUCGUCACAUCCUGUACUUCAAAAGUCAGCAUUUAUUUGGGGAAAGUGUGUGGGACUGAACAAAAUACAGUGAUGAAAGAUAGUCUGAAAAAUGGGUCAACUUCCAUCAUCCAUAUCAAGCAAAAUUGCCAACUGAAUUCAGCCCAACCACUCUGUUCUUGCAGUGGAAGAGAACUCGGCAAAGAACAAAAAAAAUGCAUGCUAAUCUUAUUAUUUCAGAAGCGGCUCCAGAAAAAUCUGUGUGAAGGUUUUAUAAGGUUUGUAGGGGUUAUUCAUAGACUGUAUGACAAUGCAGGCUGUUGUUUAAGUAGCCCUAAGAGCUGUAGGGACUGAAGAUCCAAAAUGGGGAAAUGACAUGGCUGGUCAUGAAGUUGUGAGAGAAGCAAUAGGGAUCACCAGUCAUCAAGUCCCAUGUUGUGUGGGUUUAGUUAUGUGUACUCCGUGCUGUGCUGGUCUUGGACAGUAAAGCACUGCAUAGAAAACCUAGAAGAGAAAAUUGGUUCUAAUGGUACAUUAAACCACAACCUGAGCAGGCUAAAUGAUACAGUGAUUCCUAGAAAGACCUGCAUAUUGUAUUUCCUUGCUCACCGGAGCAGAAGGAAUUAGUCUGAGAAAUUCAUGAAGAUCAUGGGAGGAGUAGAAGGGAGGAAAUUUCUUUACGGAACUGAGUUGCAAAAAACCUAGCUAACAGAAUCAAAGCGUGAGCAUUUAGGUCCCAUAUCUACCUUGCUGUUGAGUUGCUGCUAAGAAUGAAAGAACUUGCAGCAAAGGUCUACACUUCUUGUACCUCUGAAAAUUCACAUCUUUGAACAAGAGGGUUGGGUGAGUCUUCUAAUUUACAAAAAGAGAACUUUCUUGUGACCUCUGGGAUUCUGUUGCAGUAAACAUCCCAAAUCUCAAACCACUUGUCAGCAAAGAUCCCAAUUCUGCAAAACCCUUUCUUGUGAGCACCUGUUAGAAAAAAAAUGUGCUUAUAAAAUUCACGUUUCCAAGCAACAAAACAAAACAUACAUAAAGUGAAACAUCUCUCAAGCCACUAACCCAAGGGAACUGGCAGAGACAGUUGCCUAGUUAGUAGAGUCUGAUUUUCAGAGGCCAAGCAGUACUAUUCCAAGAGUUCAGAGGAGAUUUAAAGUUACAUGAACACAUGAUAUGCAGGAGUUUUACCCCUGUCUUAGCAGCCAGAAUUUCACAGUGCAUGCUUGAAUACUUAAGCUAGUUAUUAAAAAAAAAAAAAAAAAGGGCAAAUACAGUCAUGAACAGAGAUGUGAGCAUACACUCCGGCCUUACUUCCCAUGAGCUGGGCAGCUUCAGUUACUCAGUACUGGAUAAAAAGGAACAUGCAUAGUUUCUAAUAACUUUAUUUUAAAAUUUAUAAAGCACUAACAUAACUUUUUUGUUUCAUUCCACCUUUUCCGCCCAAUAUCUACAGUUUGGCCUGGUACAAAAUUCUGUGUUGAAAUCCAUAAAAUGUACUUUUGUUUUCUAGGUGCUGGUCUGUAUUUCUUCAGGGAAUAACUCCCAUUGACAACAUUGGACGUAAGCUCCCGAUGUUCUACAAGUACAGAGGGGUACGAACACAACACUGCAUAUUAUUACAAAGAGACGGCCGAGUUUUAGAAGAAACCUAAAUUGACUGAACAGCACCAAAAAGCAGAGGAGGCGGAGGAGGAGAGAAGAAAAGAGCGAACAUGGAGGAGAAAACCGAGUUUGACCUGCAAGUGAAGAUGAACCCAAACUCCCGAAAAGCCUUCUGGCCGGGCUUCCCGCUGACCCUCCUGCGAGGAGUCACGGCCCUAAGAGCAAGCAGAGGUCCCCGAGAGUUUGCAAGGCACAAGGAUGGAAACGGGCACGGCGUUAUUGAGUGCUAACGAUGUCAGCCCCCGAGCAGCCGUGGGAUGGAGUAUUGCAAGUGCAGUUUCACAGCUCCGGGCUUGCUGAAGUAACCUGAAGCGUUUCACUUCAGACAAGCCCCUUAGAAUCUGAGAGCGACGAGGCAGAAGUUUGGAAAGCCUCGGGUCUGCCUCUUUUGUACCGCCAGUCCGGGACAGCUUUGAGAAAGCGAAGAGGUGGCGGUUUGCCCUCACCAGAGUCCCCUCUGGCCGUAUCGCCUGUUCCCUUGGAAAGCCGCUCCAAGACGGGCUGCAGCUGCGGUCGCCCCGGAGUCGUGCAGCCGGGAUUUGCACGGGGAGGGACGGGGGCGGGGGGCGGUGGCAGCGUGCUUCCAGCACACAGCGGCACUGGGUUCCUGCACUUCACAUGCCCUUUGCCGCGCCGAACGAACCCGCUUUGCCUCUCCCUCUGAGCUCUCUCCGGACUGCCAGCACUCUAUGGCUUCAUCGCCUUUGCCCUUAGCUCGGGCUGCGUCUCCCUUCCUCCGCCCGUGAUUAUUUGCACAGGACAUGUCCGGUGUCUCCGGAGCACUUUUCGUUUGCUCCCCCCCGCACUCGGUGGGAUUAAUCUAUCGUUUUGGAGGUUAUUUUCGGCAACCAGCCUCGCACCCGAGAAGACCGGCCGGAGGAAGAGCGAGGCGCUUCUGAAACCUGCAGCCGGGCUGUGCCAAAGCCGGGCAGCGGAGCCGGGCGGUGCGGAGCCGGGCGGUGCUGAGCCGGCGGAGCCCCGCCGAGGUGCCACCCCGCAGAGGAGGAGAGCUGCCCUGCUACCUGCUCCGUAUUUCUGGCUGCCUGCAUGGCUCCCGGGCACUGUAGAGAUUGUGGGGGCUGCUGCUGCUGAGCAACAAUACAUUGCUUUAAACUCAGCCUCAACUUGUCACAGCGAGUGAGGAUGGCAACACUACUGGAGCUUUGGAGCUACCAAGACAGCCAGGGAACCUGGGUUUUGUUUGCCACUGUCUAAUAAAUGGGAGUAAAAUGGAAUUUCUUACCUGGGUUUUUCCUGCCUUGGUUCUACUGUGCACCCAACAGCACAGGUGUAUCAGAGCUAUGAAUGACAUUGGAGAUUACAUAGGUUCCAACAUCGAAAUAUCCUGGUUACCCAACCUGGAUGAUUUAAUGAAAGGGUAUGCACGUAAUUUCAGGCCUGGGAUUGGAGGUCCUCCUGUUAAUGUUGCUCUUGCAAUUGAAGUAGCCAGCAUUGACCACAUCUCAGAAGUGAACAUGGAAUAUACCAUGACGGUAUUUUUGCACCAGAGCUGGCGAGAUGACCGUCUGUCUUACAACCACACCAACGAAACUUUGGGCUUAGACAGCCGGUUUGUGGACAAGCUCUGGCUGCCAGAUACUUUCAUAGUAAAUGCCAAGUCUGCUUGGUUCCAUGAUGUGACUGUGGAAAACAAACUUAUCAGGCUCCAGCCAGAUGGAGUCAUUUUAUACAGCAUCAGGAUUACCUCAACAGUGGCCUGUGACAUGGACCUUUCCAAGUAUCCAAUGGAUGAGCAAGAAUGCAUGUUGGAUUUGGAGAGCUAUGGCUACUCUUCAGAGGACAUAGUCUACCACUGGUCAGAAAACCAGGAGGAGAUUCAUGGGCUGGAUAAGCUGCAGCUUGCUCAAUUCACAAUUACCAAUUACCAGUUCACAACAGAAAUGAUGAACUUCAAAUCGGCAGGUCAGUUUCCCAGGCUCAGUCUCCACUUCCACCUUCGGCGAAAUCGAGGAGUUUACAUCAUUCAGUCUUAUGUUCCUUCUAUCUUACUAGUGGCCAUGUCGUGGGUAUCCUUCUGGAUCAGUCAGUCAGCUGUGCCUGCCAGAGUGUCAUUAGGUAUAACUACUGUUCUUACUAUGACUACACUGAUGGUCAGUGCACGAUCUUCGCUUCCACGAGCAUCUGCCAUCAAGGCACUUGAUGUUUACUUCUGGAUUUGCUAUGUGUUUGUCUUUGCUGCACUGGUAGAAUACGCAUUUGCACAUUUCAAUGCUGACUACAUGAAAAAGCAAAAGAACAAGAUAAAAGCAAGAAGGCAGAGUGGAGAGAUAAACGUGAAGAACGCCAUUGUUCUGUUUUCCCUUUCCAUAGCUGGUGUGAACCAGGAACUGGCCAUUUCCAAUAGGCAGCACCGAAUUCCCAGAAGCCUGCCUGGAUCGUAUGGCACAAUAGAAAUAGAAACUGGAGAGACAAAACAGCAGCAAGUAAUGAAACUGGACAAAAAGAGUGGUCUGAAGUCCCUCUUUAAGCCCAUUGAUGCUGAUACCAUUGAUAUAUAUGCCAGAGCCGUGUUCCCAGCAGCCUUUGCAGCAGUCAAUGUUAUAUACUGGGUUGCAUACACAAUGUAAAAAAAAAAAAAAAAAGAAAAAUCAUGUGAAGAGCUACAAAUUGAACAAUACCUACAGACUAAAAAGCCCUUGCUGAAAAUAUAUUGAUCCAUCUCUUCUCAAAAUAUUUUCCAAUGAGCUCAAGACAUUGCUAAAGUCAAGAAAGUCCUGUGAUCAGUUCCUACUAAAAGCAGCAAUUUAUUACUGAUCUGAUUUGAUCCAGUAAUAACUGUAUUCUGCCAAACAAUCCCAGUUCCUUAUUUCCUGUAUUACCAUGAGACAAUUUUUCAUAUGUACAUAUUUGUAGCACAAGUUUAAAUCUUAAAUUACUAUGGUUUUCCUCCACUUUAAGUGUCGAUCAGUAAUGAAGAUUUGGCUUUUCACACUCAGAUAAUUUCCUUUUUUUGUAACGGAAGUGCUAAUUCCUCAGUGAUUUUCUGCAUCUGGCCUUCUGUGGGAUGGUCUAGGCUUAACGGUAGUGGUAAAGUUGGAGUUUUUAAUCAUAAAAAUCUCAUUAACAAAGUAGAAUGGAGUAGACGGGAGUGGAGGCUUUUUCUUAAACUAUUAUUUGUCUUGGAUAAAGUAUUGAAAACAUUUCAAUGCUCUUAGUCACAGCAUGAAAUAAAAUAUACUACAUAAAAUUCU